AUGGCGACGAGCAUACCCCCCAACCCGACCUCGCACACGGUCAUCCAGCUCCUUGGCAAGCUGAACGACACGGACCCUGACUUCAGGUUCAUGGCUCUGAACGACUUGAUUGCCGUUUUCGCCAAUGCCAAGAAUGACAUGCUCCAUCAUGACUACAACACCGCCGCCCGCACCAUCGAUCAUGUUGUUAAGGCCCUGGACGAUCAGAACGGCGAGGUUCAAAACCAGGCGAUCAACCUUGGGCCCCUCGUCGCGAAGACGCCCGCCAACCUCAUUGCACCCCUGAUCGAGAAGCUCACCACCCUGAAGCUCCAGAACUCUGUCGACAACUCUGUCCCUGCUCUGGCCCUCCGUAAUGUCAUCGAAGCCCUCCCACGACCGCAGCCUGGUCAGGCUGCUACAAAAGAAGUUCUCGAAGCAUACACCAGCAUAAGUAGGGUGUUGAUGCCCAGGCUUCUGGGACGCACCUCGCAGGCGGCCAAGUCUAGUGGCAGUAUCCGUCUGCCUCCGGCAGGGCAGGGCAUCAUCCAGGACGAUGCCCUUGUGAACGCCGAUGCUGUCGAUGUUAUUAUCGAGGUCGUCAAAUGUUUCGGAACCAUGCUGUCACCACAAGACGAAGUCCAGGCCCUGCAAGACGUCAUCCUAGGACUGCUUGACAACCAAAAGGCAACGUCGGCUGUCAGGAAGAAGGCUGUGAUAGCCCUUUCGAUAUUGGCUGUUCAUUUGCAGGACGACCAACUGAUUGCAUUUCUCAACCGUGCUGUGGCGGUGCUCAAGAACCCAAAGACCGACCCUGUCACUCAGCGGCUCUACCUCACCAUCAUGGGCUCCAUGGCCAGAUCUAUUCCGCAUCGCUUUGGCAAGCACAUCGGCGAUGUUGUCCAGCUGACUCUGGCCUUCUUGGCGGAGGAUGUUUUGCAAAGCCAUCUUGAAGAAAUCGGCGAGGGCGACGACGUGGGCUUGGAGUUCUCUGAGGUCCGUGAGGCAGCGUUACUUGCACUCGAAGCUUACUUGGCAUCAUGUCCCUCCGAAAUGCGCCCGUAUACGGAUGAGGCAAUCGCAGCAUCUCUCCGGUAUCUGAAAUAUGACCCCAACUACGCGUUGGAUGAAGACGAAGACAUGGACGAGGAGGAAGGCGAAGACGAAGAUGACGACUUUGGUGACGACGACGAGUUUGAAGCCGGAGUCGGCUUCGAUGACGAUGAUGACGCCAGCUGGAAAGCCCGGAGAUGUGCCGCGAAAGCCCUCCAUACCCUCGUCUCUACGAGGAGCAACGGUGAUCUUCUGGAUAACGGCGUGCUCUACAGCCAGAUCGCACCGCCAUUAGUCAAGCGCUUCGAGGAGCGCGAGGAUAAUGUCCGCCUGGAAGUCAUCUCUACGCUUUCUCUCCUCAUUCGAAAGACGGGAGAGGGCAUCAUUCCCGAAUUUCUACUGGAUGGCACUCACGGCGACAUCCAAUCCCCACAGACCCAGAGCCGCAAGCGGAGGCGGCAGAGCAGUGGUGUCUCUGCCACCGCGCGUUUCGAUGGCAAUGGGCUGGUGUCACCUACUGUCGAGAAGAUCCCUUCCAGUGGACCCCGUGCUGAUCUUGCCAAGCUCACUCCGCAAUUGGUGAAAGCGGCCACGAAGUUGCUCAAGGGCAAAUCAAUCCCUACCAAGCAAGCGACAAUGAAUCUCUUGGACGAUCUGAUUCUUGUCCAACAAGGCGGGCUUUCUGACCACCUGGAUCAGAUUUUUGAUCUUGUUAUUGAUGCGGUCAAGACCAAUGCAGCCUCCACCACGUCGACCUCGUUGUCUGGCAGUGGCGGUGCCGCCUCUGCCACGCCAUCUACAUUGCGUGUUGCAGCACUCAAGCUUCUCAGCGACGUUGCCAAGACGCACUCAUCGAGUCUGCUGCAGCCUUACCUCACCAAGAUGGUCAGCGGGGUUGUUGGUGCCGUGGCAGACAGGUAUUACAAGAUAUCCUCUCAAGCAAUCGAGACCGUGGAGGAGAUUGGGAAAGCCAUCACGCCGCCGCGGUCUCAGAAAACGGCGCAGAAGUACAAAUCAGAGUUGUCCAAGCUGUAUGACGUGGUUGUUGGGAGGGCCACAGCUACGGACGCAGAUGCGGAGGUGCGACAAAAGGCCAUACAUGCGCUGGGCACUUUGCUCUCCCGCACAGGCGAUGCUGAAGGAGCCACCCUGCUACCUGCCGACAAGCGGAAUAAUGGUCUCUCUAUCAUCGCAGAUAGACUCAAGAACGAGACUACGCGUCUUGCCGCUGUGCGAGCAGUCGAGGAAAUCGCUGCGCAUCCGUCCCCAAACUUCGAUGCUACUUGGGCGCGAGAUGUUGUUGUGGAGCUGUCGGCCCAGGUGAGAAAGGCGAAUCGAGCUUUGAGGGCAUCUAGCAUCCAGGCCUUGAAGCAUAUUCUGCUGUCUAUCACAGGCCAACAGGCUCUGGACACAUCGACCCUGGAGAACCUCGUCGAAGCACUCCUGCCCAUCAUCGCUAAUGCCGAUGCUCAGUUGCACGGAGCGACGUUCCGCGUUCUGACUUCCUUGGUCAAAGUCGAUGCGAAAUUUGUUGUUGACCCGAAGUUCGACAGUGCAAUUUGCGAUUACGUACAGCAGAACGUGGUCAAUGCUGUCUUGACACCUUUGCUCGACCUCAUCGCCCAGAUUGGUCAAUCUGGGGUUGGCGAAGAGCUGAUGACACGUAUGCUUAAGGACGUCGGUGUCAGCGGAGACCCCUCUACUGUAGGCAAAGUCAUCGGGACUCUCUUGGUUGCCAGCGGCGGAACAGGCGGUGUGGACAUCAACAGCUUCAUAACGGAGGCUGAGACCGCAGAGGACAAGGCUAGAGGCAGCCUGGCCCUGAGCGUCCUUGGCGAAGCGGCACUGAGGCUGGGAACCAAAUCGCCUCUGAAGCCCGAAAUCUUUACCAAGCACUUUGGUGAUGAAUACGACAAGUUCUCACUGACGGCGGCGAUGGCGCUGGGCCGUGCUGCAGCUGGUAACGUUCAGGCGUACCUGCCAGUGAUUCUUCAAAGCUUCCAGAACGCGGGUGCCAAACAAUACUUGCUCUUGCAGUCGAUCAAGGAGAUCCUCCUACAGAGAACAGACAUUAGCGGUUUCGCGCAGCCCGUCUGGGACUGCUUGCUGGAGUCUUCUCAAGGCGAGGACAACAAGGCGGUGUGUGCAGAGUGCAUAGGACGCCUGGCGGUUGUCGACCCUGAGACGUUCAUUCCCAAGCUCGAUAAACUUCUGGGCAACCCUGAACCGGCUGUGCGAGGCAUUGCUGUCCAAGCACUGCGAUACACUUUUGCAGACAGCGGCGACAAGUUCGACACUGUUCUGCAGAAUUACUUGAUAUCCAUGCUCACGUCGAUUUUGCAGGAUCCAGAGAUGGACAUCCGUCGACUUGCAAUGACGACGUUCACUUCGGCAGCAAACAACAAGCCUGACAUGGUCCUGGGCCACCUCAACAAGCUGAUGCCAUUUGUCUUUGCAGAGUCGACGCUCAAGCCAGAGCUGAUCCGCGAAGUCAUGAUGGGUCCUUUCAAAAUCAUGGUGGAUGACGGGCUUGAGCUCCGCAAGGGUGCGUACGAGUCACUGUACGCCCUGAUGGAGAUUGCAAUGCCCAGAAUCAGCAUCAUCGAGCUCUACGACCGGAUCAUUGCGGGACUCAAAGACGACAACGACAUACGGGCGCUGAGCAAUCUGAUGCUCUCGAAGUUGGCAGUCAUUGAUCCGCCGGAGACUCAACGGCGCCUUGACACUAUCGCGGAAGCCUUCCGGGCAACACUGUCCACGAAGCUUAAGGAGAAUUCUGUGAAGCAGGAGUACGAGAAGCAGGAAGAGGCGGUGCGUAGUGUGCUCCGGACUACCCUGCUCCUGUCCGACAAGCUUAAGGGGACUUUCGGCAGCGGGCAGUGUCAAAUCUGGUCAGUAUAUCUGGACUGGGUCAACAAGGACUUUGACCGCCAGCUUAGGCAGCUGCGAGAGGAGAACGACAAGAUUGGUCACACGUAUGCCUAG